UGACGUGUCCCCUCUGGCCGCCGCCCUCCCUGCUCAAGCUAUAUAAAGGACGCCGCUCACCCCCGUCGGUCUUUUUCGCUACGGGUUUGCCGCUGCUUCGGAGGACCUUUAUUGGAGCCGACGGAAAAGCCUAUCUAACCACCCAACAUGGGAAAGGAAAAGACCCACAUCAACAUUGUUGUCAUCGGACACGUCGAUUCUGGCAAGUCCACCACCACUGGUCAUCUUAUUUACAAAUGUGGUGGGAUCGACAAGAGAACCAUUGAGAAGUUUGAGAAGGAAGCUGCUGAGAUGGGUAAAGGCUCCUUCAAGUAUGCAUGGGUAUUGGAUAAGCUGAAGGCAGAACGUGAACGUGGUAUCACUAUUGAUAUUUCACUCUGGAAAUUUGAAACCAGCAAGUAUUAUGUCACUAUCAUUGAUGCUCCUGGACACAGAGAUUUCAUCAAAAACAUGAUUACUGGUACAUCCCAGGCUGACUGUGCUGUCCUUAUUGUUGCUGCUGGUGUUGGUGAAUUUGAAGCUGGUAUUUCCAAGAAUGGACAAACCCGUGAGCAUGCCCUUCUGGCUUACACUCUCGGUGUAAAACAACUAAUUGUUGGGGUCAACAAGAUGGAUUCCACUGAGCCACCUUACAGCCAGAAGAGAUAUGAGGAGAUUGUCAAAGAAGUCGGCACAUACAUAAAGAAAAUCGGCUACAAUCCAGAUACAGUGGCAUUCGUGCCAAUUUCCGGCUGGAAUGGAGAUAACAUGUUGGAGCCUAGCUCUAAUAUGCCCUGGUUCAAAGGGUGGAAGGUGACUCGUAAAGAUGGUGGCGCUAGUGGAACUACACUGCUGGAAGCUCUGGACUCUAUCUUGCCACCAACUCGUCCAACUGACAAACCUCUACGCUUGCCACUUCAGGAUGUCUACAAAAUUGGUGGGAUUGGUACCGUUCCAGUCGGUCGUGUGGAAACUGGCAUCCUAAAGCCAGGCAUGGUGGUGACAUUUGCUCCAGUCAAUGUUACAACUGAAGUAAAAUCUGUUGAGAUGCAUCAUGAGGCCCUAAGUGAAGCUCUUCCUGGUGACAAUGUUGGCUUCAAUGUAAAGAACGUCUCUGUAAAAGAUGUCCGCCGUGGUAAUGUUGCUGGAGAUAGCAAAAAUGAUCCCCCAAUGGAAGCAGCUGGAUUCACAGCACAGGUUAUCAUCCUGAACCACCCAGGCCAAAUCAAUGCUGGCUAUGCCCCUGUUCUGGAUUGUCAUACCGCUCACAUUGCUUGCAAGUUUGCUGAGCUGAAGGAAAAAAUUGAUCGUCGUUCUGGUAAGAAGUUGGAAGAUGGUCCAAAGUUCCUCAAAUCUGGAGAUGCUGCCAUAGUUGACAUGAUUCCCGGCAAGCCUAUGUGUGUUGAGAGCUUUUCUGACUAUCCUCCUCUGGGUCGUUUUGCUGUGCGUGACAUGAGACAGACCGUGGCUGUUGGUGUCAUCAAGGCUGUUGAUAAAAAAGCAGCUGGUGCUGGCAAGGUCACAAAGUCUGCCCAGAAGGCUCAGAAGGCUAAAUGAAAAUUCUGUACAACUGCCACCUCAGUCUUAAUCAGUGGUGGAAGCAUGGUCUCAGAACUUUUUGUCUCAAUUGGCCAUUUAAGUUUAAUAGUAAAAGACUGGUUAAUAAUUACAAUGCAUCGUAAAAGCUUCAGAAGGAAAGGAAUGUUUGUGGACCAUUUGUUUCGUGACAGUUUCUAAGUUAUUAGUUUUUAAAAUCGGUAAUCUUUUUUUUUUAAAUGGAAACAACUUGACCAAAAUCUGUCACACAUUUUGAGACCAUUAAAAUCAAAAGUUUAAUGCAAA